GUCCAAUUUGAAGCGUUCGGAGAAGCUAAACUACAUUGACGCCGUUCAAUGCAUGGGGAAAAAGAAGGCGAGGUAUCCUGCAGCGAUUGCCGGCGGCGCGAAGAAUCGUUACGAUGACUUCGUGUACACCCACGGUAAUGUUCGUCGUUCUUCCCAUACUGCUUGUCGACCUUGCUGACAUUCACAAGGGCAAUUUCUUGUCCUGGCACCGCUACUUCAUGUGGGCUUGGGAGCAGACGCUGCGUAAUGAAUGCGGGUAUAAGGGAUACCUUCCCUACUACAACUGGGCGUUGUGGGCGGACAACCCUCGCGCAUCUCCACUCCUCGAUGGCAGCGAUACGAGUAUCUCUGGCGAUGGAGAGUACGUUCCAGGACGCAACUUUAGCUGCGUCCCCAAUCCAGGAAGAUGCUUUGUCGAAGUCCCGCCAGGCCAGGGUGGAGGUUGCGUUGCUUCUGGGCCGUUCAAAAAUUGGAAGAUGAAUAUUGGGCCGGUCACGACUCUCGAUACGACUGUACCGCCGAACCCGUCGCCUGAUGGUCUUGGGUACAACCCGAGAUGCAUCAAGCGUGACAUCAGCAACCGAUCUUCAUCCGAAACGACUGAUGCCAAAGUCGCCGAUCUGAUCACAACCAGUGCCAAUAUCUCCGCCUUCCAGAAUACACUGCAGAAUCCCUCGCCUGGAAUAUUGCGUGUUCAUCUUGGCGGUCACCAGACUAUCGGAGGAGAUGCAGGCUCCGACUUUUACAACUCACCGUCUGAUCCGUACUUCUGGAACCACCAUGCACAGAUUGACCGUGUUUGGUGGACAUGGCAGAAUCAGGACUUGGAGAAGAGGCGGUACACCAUUGCUGGGACGCUUACUUUCCAGAAUGUUCCUCCGACUAGGAAUGCGACGUUGGACGAUGUGAUGACGUUUGGAGAUUACCUGGGGUUUCCCAAUAUGACGAUUAGGGAGGCUUCGAGUACGGUUGCUGGGCCAUUCUGUUACAUAUAUGAGUAG